AUGGGUUAUGAGGUAAAUGAGGCCACACUAGAUGCAUAUGCACAACAUAUCCUGAAAGCUCUAGUUGAUGAGAAAGAAGAGAAAUUUGGUACUACUCAGGAGAAGGGUCUGAAAUUUCAUCAAGAACAAAAAGUCAAAAUCCUUGAAGCCCGAAGGAAGGAAGAGCAGAAGCAGAAGAGGAAGGAGGAGAGAGAGGCUAAGAAGGAAGCUCAAGCCACUCCUAAUGUGUUCCCAGUUACUACAGAGCCAUCCAAACAACUGGAAGGACCAUUCAAUGAGCCUUUCAGCCCAAAGCAGAAGGAAUCAGUGAAGAGGAAGCAAAAAAUGGCAAGGCAGUAUAUGACUAUUUCUUCAGAGGAGGAAAUCUGGCAAGCUCCAAAGAAGAAAGGGGUAUUUUCUAGGGUUGUUAGAGAAAAGAAGGAAGAACAAAAGAAUGAACAGAAUCCUCCAGAAGAAAAUGUACAUGAUGUUGAGACUGAGGUUGAGAAAGAUAAAGGUUCAGAUGAUAAGGUUUAUGAAGAGGCACCAAAACAUAGUGAAGCACCAAGUGGCAAAGCCACCGGUGCACAUGAGGAUGUAGAGAUAAACAUACCGGUAGAAGACAAUCCUCCUCCGGUAAUUGAUGUUGAUAUAAUUGAAGUUCAUGAGGUAGAGGCUGCAGAAAUAACUGCACCAAGUGGUGAAGCCACCGGUCCUGAGGAGAAGGUAAAGGAUGCAAUUGAUCAGAAGACAAAGGAGAAAGCUCAAAAAUUGAGGAAGGAAGGAUCAGAGGAUAAGCAGGUUAUUGAGUAG